UAGAAAACAAAAUGGCGGAGAUCUAUAGGUGUGCGGUGGGACCACAGUUAUAUCGCAUUUUUACAAAAAAUAGUCGACAAAGUAGACCAUACGAGGGGAAUACCUUGGAGCAAUGUGGCUCAGGAGUUUUACGAGCGUUGUCAUUAGCAUGGUCAGUUUGUUACUCUACUUCCUUGUUAACUGCACCUGCCAUAGGAUUUUAUCUCGUUAGGAAAGGUCUGUUGAGUCAUGCAGGUUUGGCAAGCUUGUCUAGGUUCAUUGGUACAGGACUUAUGGUUGUGUUUGGAGCAUUGUGCAUAAGAGGAUAUGGACGAUUUAAAAAUCAGGACUAUAGAGUAUUCUUAGCUCUUUUAGAAGAAACAAGAAUGAAUAACAAUGAGGAAAACAAGAAAAGACUUGGGUUGUAUGACUUCAGUUUUGAAGCUUGGCCUGUUGAUUACAAAUGGAAUGAAUCCAAAGCUGAUCAAGAUGUGCGCAGGGAAGCCAAGAAUACCACCUCUCAAAGCAGGUCUUCAAGAUUUUUAUCCUUUCUUGGAUCAUGGCCUUGUGACUUUCUCAGGUAUUUUGUGGCACACUCAGUUGGUCGCCCCUUGAUCUACCCUGGAUCCACUGGUCUUCUUCAAAGUGGAUAUG